CUGACGAUGAAAUAAUCAUAAACUCUCAAAUAAUUAUAUUAAAUAAUGAAAAUAAUUAUUCUAUUGGUGAAUCAAUAAAAUAUGCAUGAAGCGUAACGUUAAUAUUCAUUAAAUUUAUUUCUAAAAUUCAACAAUAAAUAUUCAUGGAGAGAAUAAUUAAUGUUUGGAGAAGCCUAGAUAUUUGCUAAAUGUGAUAUGUUGAAAAUUGUACUUAUUUCAUUCACGUUUAUUUUACUGACACCAACGACAUGUGGAAUAUUUUCAGAUGAAAUAUCAUUUUUGGUUUUAAGCCAGAAGAAUAAAUAUCAUUUGGGAGUAGCAAAGCAACUGAAGCAUACCAUUAUUGAACAAUCAUUAAAUUUAGACGAUGGUACAAAACCAAAUAUUUAUCUUGCAAAUGAAGUUUUCAAAAAGGGUAAUUCAUGGGCAAUUAUUCCAAUAUUGAUUGACAUACGAAAUCAAUUAAUUACAUCAAGAACAAAAUGGUUUGUGCUGUGUGAAACCAACAGUGUCAUCAAUUUCAAAAAACUUUUGUCUAGUCUAAGUGCAGAGGAUGAAACAAAGGAAGUUUAUAUGGGAUAUUCAUUAUAUGAUCGUGAAGCAACAAUUAUCCAUCAUUUUGCAUUUUUUCGCAAUCCACAACAAUUUCACUUCCCAUAUAUCAGAGCAGGUGUUGCAUUUUCUAUUCCGUUACUUAAUAGGUUGGCCAAUCAUUUGUCGUUGUUAUCGCAACAGCCAAAAAUGCUUACUGAUUUUACAAUAGAUGCAGCACAUGAGCUUGCCUUAUUCAUUUGGAAUGUUGAUAAGAAUUUAGUUUUGAAGUCUGUGCCUUAUUUUUGUAGUCGCUUUGGUCUAGAAUGUGCAAUUUAUGCAAAAGAGGAAAAUAUUUUCUGUGGCAACGCUAUUAGUCUUGAUAAAGUUUUAUUUGCUGUUAAAACUUGCGGAAAGUAUCAUAAAGAACGGUUGCCAUUUAUACAAAAAACAUGGGCACGUUUUACAAUUCACUUGAGGUUCUUUAGUGAUAUAUAUGAUAGUACCAUUCCAACAGUUCCAACAGGAGUUGAGAAUACUGAACGUGGCCAUUGUGAAAAGAGUCUCAAAAUUUUACGUCUUAUCUUGAAUGAGAUUUCAAAAAAUUCAACAUUAAAGAACAUUGAAUUUAUUGUACUAGCUGAUGACGAUACACUUCUGAGCAUUUCAUCUCUUUCUGAAUAUCUUGGAUGCUUUGAUAAGAAGGAGUAUAUGUUUUUAGGAGAGCGUUAUGGUUACAAUUUGUUUUCCGAUGGUUACAGCUAUAUCACAGGAGGAGCUGGGAUCGUAUUCAAUACAAAAACCAUUAAAAAAAUAGUUGAUUCAUGCAGUUGUUCAAGUAUAUCAUCACCAGAUGAUAUGAUUAUUGCAUCAUGUUUGAAGCAAUUGAAUAUUGAAGCAAUUCAUUCGUCAUUAUUCCAUCAAGCUCGUUUUAGAGAUUAUUCACCGGAAAUUUUAGAGAGAAGUUCAAUAUCAUUUCAUAAAUUUUGGCAAAUUGAUCCAUUUGAGGUGUAUGAAAAUUGGUUUCGUAAAAAGGAUGAAGAGUAUUUUAAAAUUAAUAAACACAUAUUAUCUGAUUAUAAAUAUAUCAAACAGAAUUGUAUGACGCCUUCGUCUGUUAAAAAUAAACAAAAACAGAAAUCAAAUCAAAUAAACUCUAAUCAUAUUGAAUUAUGAUGCUUAUAUAAGAACAAAUUAACAAGUUAAUAAAUUAUGAUUUUAUAUGAAUGUAAGAAUAAUUUUAAUAAUAUAUUCAUGGAAAAAGAAAU